UUCAGAAAAGAAGAUAGAGAAAGGUUCGAUGUAAACAAGAUGUUGUGCUGCAGUGUAGGUUGUCUACAUUCAACCGUUAAGUGGGUUCUGUUGCUAUGCUUCUUAACUUUUUGCAUCCAGUACUGGUUAAACAAAAAAGAACAUUUAACAAAUGGCGACGAGAUAGCUGUAUUGGUGAGGAAAUAUGCAGGUUUGAAACCCAAGGUGGCUUUUGAGAAAAUAGCCACGGUGCUUCGUAGAAUGUAUCCGGGCCAUAUUCUGCCAGAUGAGGAUAUGCAGUGGAUAUUUAUGAAUGCUGGCGGGUGGAUGGGCAGCAUGUGUAUCCUGCAUGCUUCUCUUACGGAGUAUAUUUUGUUUUUCGGUACAGCUGUGGAAACCUCAGGUCACUCUGGUCGUUACUGGGCCAAUAUCUCCGACACAUUGAUUUCAGGGUCAGUGAGGCAGUGGAGGGAGGGAGAACUAGAAGCGCAUGUCUAUAAUACCGGUGACACCAUACCACACCCCAUGGGGAAUGCCACAGCGGUCUACUUUGAGGCGGACACCUGGAUGGUGGAGUAUGGCAGGGGAUUUAUCCCGUCUACACUUACCUUUGCCCUGGCAGACACCUUCUUUAGUACCACAGAUUUUGUGACCCUGUUUUACAUUCUCAGGAUUUAUGCUAAAGCUAUGUUUCUGGAAGUCAAUGCAUCAUUGGAGGACUGGAAAGAAUAUAUCAAGGACAAUUUGUAACUCUAAAUGUGCACCAUUGUUAUCUUCCACUUUUUUAUGUAAUGUUAAGGGACCAAGUCUCAUGCAUUCUUGAAAAGUUUUGAUCGUUGGGCUGGACCACUGUACACAGUUAUUCCUGAUAGAUCAGGUGCAUUGAGUGGACAGUGGGUAAUAUAGGGUGUUUCAAAAUAUGUCAUUUUCAGAUACUCAUUAAAAACAAUAUUAUAUAUAUAUGUACAACAUUUAUUGCAACUCAGAACUCAUUGCAAAUUUAUUCCAAAAUAUAUAUACUGGUAAACAUUCUUUAUACAUCAUGUACAUAAGCCAUUUAUUAUACACAUAGUAAGUUUUAUAAUGAGCAUAUAUUACCACCUGACAAUUUUAAUUUCAUUUUUCAGAAAAUCCCAUUGACAAAAGUAAAGAAAAUUCAGAUCUUAUGAUUGUACUGGUCACAUCAAAGCAAAUUUCUCCCUUGGAACCAUUCCGACACUUUCUUUAAUUCAUAUGCAGAAUAGAUCUGUCCUAGAUAAAGCAUACAUAUUAGUUCUUUCAUAUUUCAGCUUUGGUAAAAACAAAAACAAAUUGAUUUUUAGUAAAGUACACGUACGUGUAUCAAUCUGAAUUUACACAGUAAGGCAUGACAUUACUGUCUUAGAAAAAUUCAGACCAAUAAUCCAAUAGCACUUAAUGCUGCCCAUGUAGAGAAUUUGACAGAUGUAUUGAAACACCCUGUACAUUGACCUCUAAUCAUUGUUUGGUUAAGUGAACCUGUGAGUACAUGUAAGUGUGAUUGGUUUAACCUAAUUUGUAGUUAGAGAGUGUUGACACAUUGCUGGUUGAAUUAUUGCAACAAUAAUCAUGUAAGUGUCCAGGGCAUAAUAGUGUUGAUGAUGUCUUUCAAUCUUCCAUUUUCAUCUUCUUUCUGUCACUCCCAUUUCGUGUUUAACUCAUUUCUGAAAGAGCUACCAUCAUCAUAUUUCAUAUACAGAUACCUCUUUGUGAGAUUAUAAUGAUAACGGGUUUUCAUUUACCUUGACCCUUUAUUUGACCUCACUUUGAUUACAAGUAAAUGAUUUAAGAUUUACGAAACUAAGUGAAAACUGACACAUACUUACCAAAACCUUCUUAAAGAGGUGUAUCUGUAUUUUGGAUAAACUAGAUAGAAAUGGCUUGAGGAAAGUCACUGCCCAACCCACUAGAAAUAUUUCAAAUAAAUCAAAGUACUGAAAAUACUGCAAGAGUGAGACUAGUUCAACCUCACAACAACAGAGUUAACAUAUUAAAACAAAUACAUAGAGACCGUUUGAUUUUGAGGGAACUAAUUGUUACAACACCUAUUGAAAUUACUCGGGGAGAGUAUUUUAGGGUAUUUAAUGUCACCAUAAAUGUAACUCAGUAAAGUUACACACUUUAUGUGUUCAGUGAAGUUACAUACUUUGAGUAUUUGUUAAUUCAAAAUCCCUGUUGAGUUACAUUCCAUAAUCCAUUUGGGGAUUUUUAGUCAGUAAUACAUGUAGCUUUGAGGCUGAGGGAUGUCCCACUUAUUGUAAACAUUUUGUAUUGAAUUUUCUAAUACUAACAUUUAUAAAGCUAUCUUAUGUACAUUGUGGUAAUCCAGAUUUGAUAUUUAUUUUGUCAACACUGGAGAAUAGGAUAUUUAUGGAACACCCUAUGAUAUACUAAUAUGUUGUUUUUUUUCGUUUUUUUUUUCCAUAGAACAUUUUGCUGCUUUAUAUAUAUUUGAAAUAAAUAUUUUUGUGUGUACAUCUGUGAAUUUAGGGUGCUUACUAUUGAAUAGUAUUGUACAUCCUAACAUUAAUGUAAAUUUCAAUUCUGUUUUAAUUUUGUGUUAAAGCACGUGACCUUGAUUUUUAACUUGCCUGAUCCAUAGGCUCAAGUGAGCUUUCUGAUCAUUUUUCUGUCAUUGGUGAUAACUUUUCUCAUAAAUGACUUCUCAAUAAUUAACAAGCCAAUUCUAAAGAAACUUGGUACAAUGCAUCUUUGGAUAAAAGGAAUUCAAAGAGGAAAUUAUGAAAAAUUGGAUAUGCAUUUUGAAAAUCUUCUUAAAAUCUCAUCCUUACGUCACUUUGGGUGAGUGGGAGUAGGGAAUUGAGCCAUAAUGGGAUAUAGACUGUUAAAGUCCCAGGAAUGUGAAUGCUGCAGUUUUUCAAAUGAGGACAAAAGCAUUUUUCUAUAAUUGCUCUAUGAUAGACAUAUUUAUAUCUACUAAUUCUAAUGUAGAGACUACUAGAGUUCAUGCCAUAUUACCAUUUGGGAUCAAUGUUUAAAAUUUAACCCAUCUGUGGAGUUUAUUUGACUCAGGUGAGCAUUGUGGCUCAUGGCCUCAUUUUACUACGUUUUCACCUUGAUUUGUAAGAGAGAAAAAAGUAUUAAGAUAUAUGCAUUGUCGUGGUGCUUCAUAUAUGAGUUCUUUAUUUAAAAUUUUUGUGACUACAAUUACAAUGUACAUAAUUUUAUUUUUUAAUUCAGAAUUUCCGUAGCUGCAAUUACUAGUACUACAUACAUGAAUUUUUGUAUUUAGAAUUUUCAUAACUGCAAUUACAAGAAUCUUUCAUAACUGCAAUUACAUUAAUUAUACUCCAUGCAACAAAGUUGUGGAGGGUAUAAUGUUUUUGACUUGUCCGUCAGUCCCUUUCUUGUCAUCGCACUUCCUCUGAGACCGCUCAACAGAAUUUCGUGAAACUUUGUAGUUAAUAUGGACACACUGUGUACAUGUCCAUAUUCGCAGGAAAUUCUGAUUCAAUAAUUUUUCUGGGAGUUAUGUCCCUUUUGAACUUAGAAUUUCGAGCCUCCCCUGUUCUUUUCAGCGCAACUCCUCUGAGACUGCUCAACAGAAUUUCGUGAAACUUUGUAGUUAAUAAGGACACAAUGCGUACAUGUGCAUAUUCCCAGGAAAUUCUGAUUCAAUACUUUUUCUGAGAGUUUGCCCCUUUUGAACUUAGAAUUUCGAGCCCGUCUGUCCUGUUCAUGUCAACUCAACUCCUCUGAGACCGCUCAACAGAAUUUCUUGAAAUUAAUAAGGGCACACUGCGUAGAUAUCGCAUAUUUCCAGAAAAUUCUGAUUCAAUAAUUUUUCUGGGAGUUAUGUUCCUAUUGAACUUAGAAUUUCGAGCCCGUCUUUCCUGUUCUUGCAGUAAUGGUAUUACUGUAUAGUAUUACACUGUACCAUUCAUUAUGUGAGCCAUUGUCAAGCAAGGUUGGAGCGUGGGGUAUGUGAGAUUGCUCACUUCUGCUUUCUUUCAGGGUUUUUUUUUUUAAAUUUAAGUACUGUUAUAUUAAUUUUUUAUUAAGAAGUUUUGUAACUGCAAUUACAUGUAUUGAUUUUUUUUAUUCAGAAUUUUCCAUAUUAAUAAAUGCAAUUGCAUGAA